UUUCCUUGCCUAUAAAUGCCAUCCACCUCCAUUGCAAUUCUCUUCACCUUUUCUCGAUCUCACAGUCAUCAAUUAAGCAAGUUGAGAGAAUAAAAAUGUGUUGGGUUUUCUUUUGUGAUGAUGAGGAGACAGAAUUGGGUAGGCAGCAAGCUUCUGGAUCAUGUCCCUACUGUGGAGGAAAAGUUCAAGCCAUGGAUGUUGAAAGAAAAUGGAGUUUCUGCUUUUUACCCAUUUGUUACAAGAUCAAGAGAAAGUAUUUUUGCACUUUAUGUGCCAGGCGAUUGGAAUUAUAUCACUAGAAAACCAUGGAGUUCAAGAAGAGCUAUAGCUGGAGCUUUGCCGAUCCAAGAAAUCAGAAGCUUCUAUGGUGAUAAUUUCAAGACCGUGUGUUUCAUCCUCUUCUUUGAAUUUGUUUUAUAUUGUAAAUAUUUUGUUAAACUUUUAAUAUACCCAUUUCAAGUAACUUCAA